AUGGUCUGGGCACGCCUCCCGGGUUUACCCAUUGAAUUCAUCAACCGCGAGGCGGACGAACGAAUUGCCUCUAAGAUCGGGCGACCGAUCAAGGUGGACAGAGCCACCCAAAACGGAGAAAUGGGCAGGUUUGCCCGAGUUUGUGUCGAGGUUGAUCUCAUGAAGCCAUUACUCUCUCAAUACAAGAUUGAAGGGAGGACUUACUUCAUCGAGUUUGAGGGCCUUUACCGCAUUUUCACGGAGUGUGGACAGUAUGGCCACACAUCCCAAGGCUGCCCGACUCUGUUCAAACCCACCCCGGAGGCACAAUCUAAUACGGAUGCUGCUGAGGGUGCCUCGACCUCUCAACCGACGAAGCCAUAUGGGGAAUGGAUGGUAGCGAAGUCUCGAUCUCACAAACAGACAAACAAGGGAAGGAGAGAUAAGAAUGUAGAGAACUCUCAGGCCACUAAGGAGCCGACGACCUCGCCAACUAAUGGGGAGACGGGCUCUCGGUUCGAUGUUCUAAUGACAGAGGAGGAGUCCAAUCCGAUGGUGAACACAUAA